AUGGAUACAAGCCAUCUGGGAUUCCAUCCAAGACCCAACACUACUACAGUUAUUGAAAUCAUUAGUGAAUGGUUCAACUUUGAUCCUAAUGGAUUUGAUUUGAGGUUGGCUUGCCAUAUUUUAUGGAAGAUUUGGAAGACUAGAAAUGAAUGCAUCAUCAAGAAAAUAAGUCCUAAUCCAUCAUCAGUUAAUUUUUGUGCUUACAAAUUGGCUCAAAGCUAUGAGAACCCAAAAGAUUUGGAGGAACUAAUGAAAAUCAGUUCUAUUAAGAAUGAUGAAGGUUGCAACACCCAUUGGAGUAAGCCUUCUCCAGGAUAUUACACGAUCAAUGUUGAUGGAGCUUUUCUUGACUCAACCUAUGAGAGCGCUUGGGAGGACGUAGCCAGAGAUAAACUUGGCCACUACCAAGGGUGCAUGAGCUGUUUUGGACAUUCAUUUUCCCCUCUUGAAGCUGAAAUAAAGGGGUUUCUUUUAGGCUUAAAACUGGCUAAAGAAUUGGGCUAUCAAAAAGUCAUUUUGGAAGGAGAUUGCUUGACUGCGGUUCAUCUAAUUAAAGGUGACAUUAACUGCUUCCCAAGGAAGAUUCGAGGCCUACUACAUGAUAUUCAAAAUCAGCUAUCUAAUUUUGAAAAUGUUAAUGUCAUUUAG